AUGGGACGAACGUUAGUUUAUCCGAGAGUUCAGAAGAACACUGUCCACCGCAAGGAUGAUCGUGCUACUUACGACCUGCACACCAUCCACUCAAUCAUCAAUGAGACUCCAGUCCUCCUCAUUUCUUUCAACUCUUCAGAUCCAGAGGAUCCUUUCCCAACCAUUCUUCCAAUGAUCGGUACCAUGGGAUCCUUCGCGUAUCCAAGCGCUGACUUGAAUGAUCCUCUGGAAUGUUAUCUCCAUGGCUAUGUGAGCUCUGGCUGUAUGAAGCAAGCGCGGGCACACCCAGAAAGCGGCCUUGCCAUUACCAUAGCCGCAACCAAAGUGGAUGGCAUAGUGCUUAGCUUGACGCCUAAUUCGCACAGUUACAACUACCGAUCUGCUGUGCUUUUCGGGUACGGAAGCCUGGUGGAGGAUGCGGAAGAGAAGCUAUGGGCGAUGCAAUUGGUCACCAACUCUGUGUUGCCCGGUCGUUGGGAUCACACAAGGACGCCGCCUGACAAAGCUGAAAUGGCAUCAACGACGAUAUUGAAGGUAAAGAUUGUAAACGGAAGCGGGAAGAUCAGGACGGGCGGCCCGGGUGAUGAAAAGAAAGAUACCGAGAGAGAGGAUUUGCUGCAGAGGGUGUGGACCGGCGUCGUCCCAAUGUGGGAGACCGCGGGAGAGCCAGUCGCUGGAGGAGAUGGUCGCGUGGAAGAUGUGCCAGAGCAUGUGCGCGCGUUUCGGGACGACACUAACAAGGUCAACGAGAAGUAUGCGAAAACAGCGGCGGUAGAGAAAACGUGA